AUGCAAUUCAUCAACAUCCCAACUGCUCUCCUCCUCCUCACCUCUGUUCUCUCUGUCACUGCUGCUCCUGUUGCGCUUGAUGGCCUUCAAGCCUCCUCGUAUGUUCCCCCUCCAUGAUCAGCUCUUCUCUGCUAACCUCAUCCCAAUAGUCAGUACGAGAAGUGUAAGAAGGAGCUCACUCCUGAAAACAUCAACAAAGACAUCGCUAGGCACAAUGGCCAAACCCUCUCUCCAGAGGAAACGCAGGCGGAUAUCAAAAAGCAUGCCGCAGAAUAUGGACUUGACAAGCCCAAGGGUGGUCAUUAA